AUGCGAAGUAUUGGCUCUGGGCAUCGCUCACUUUUUCCUGAAGAAGAGUCUCAACUUUUUGAGUGGAUAAUAGAAGUUCACCAGAAUAGUCUCGCAGAUCUUGAAAAUCAACUACUUAACUUUCAGCAAUUUGUUAUUCGCCUUUAUCAAAAAAAUGAUUACCCUCUUGAAAUGAUUGCAAACAUGGACGAGACGCCAGUUUAUUUUGAUAUAGCAGGUGCCAUGACUGUGAACACCAAAGGUGCAAAGACCGUUCAUGUUAGAAUAACUGGGAAUGAGAAGAACCGAUUUACAGUAGUCUUGAUAUGCCUUGCUAAUAGUAGAAAGCUACCACUAGUCAUUAUUUUUAAGGGAAAAAUUUGGCCAACUAACAUGCUACGACCUCCAGCUGGUAAUAAUUCUCAACCAGAACUACAUAAUUCAAAAGUAUUGCUAGUCUUUGAUUCUUUUUUAGCUCAUAUUAUGGAUCAGAUAAAGGCAGCAUUACGUUCAAGAAAUACAGAUUUGGCUGUUAUUCCUGAGGGUCUUACUAGGAGUGAGGAUCAUUUGAUUUACAAUGAUGACGAUGAAUCUAAUGAUGAGGAGGAAUCUGAUGAAGAUGAAGAGGAGGAAUCUGAUGAAGAACCUGAUGAAGAAUCUGAAGAAGAACCUGGUGAAGAACCCAAUGAAGAAGAUAAAGAGUCUGACAAAGACUAUAAAACUGGUGAUGAAAAUGAAUCCA